AUGCUUAUCCCAUCUUAUCAAUCUUUUGUCGAAUCUCGUGCUCGUGCAAACCCAUGUAUCUCUCGCCUCUCAGACUACUUACAACAUGAAUGUCUGGGUGAAAGUAAGAUCACAUACCUCGAUUAUACAACUACGGCUUCGGCCCCCGAGCGUAUUGAUGUACCGGAGAAUAAGCUUUCCCAGCUUAUAAAGACUGCACCAUCAGGCUCAACAAGAUUUGUGUUUGUGGAGAACAUCUCACCCGGCAUCAUAAUAUCUCUUGGUGAGAAACUGGACAUUGAUCCUUUGUUCUUCGCCGACUAUAUCCAUGUGGGUUUUGAGAACCUAGAGAAACUAUCACCGCUGCCUUCACUUGCUACACUGCCGUCUGUUAUAGCGACGAGAGAUCACAUUCAUCUUCAUUGUCAGAAGGUGAUUGCAUUAGAGGGAACCGAUGAAGAGUUGAAGCAUGUGCCAUAUGCCCUCAAGACGGAGUCUAAUGUGCCACGAAAUGUCCGUCGGCUGGUCACUCUUCCUGGUGGACGCUUGGCUUUGACCUCCAUGAUGGAAAACAUCGUACACUACUUGCGGGUGAGUCCACCGCCAGGGCUAGACUUCAAAUCGCCAAGUAUCAUCGGCAUUGGAUACUACCCCAUCUACAUCACUCUAUCAGAAUGGGAUAUAUACACUUACCUGACUAGCCGUUGCUCGACGUACUAUGAGUACUCCGAUCAAGUCAAGACAGGUCGAAUGCAUGAUGAGGUCGAAUGCAUGAUGAGGUCCUGGUUGAUCUGCAGCGGUGGAGGAGGCGCAGUAAGAGCAGCCACCAAAAGCUGA